AACAUUUAAUAAAAAUCUAAAAUGGAAGUUCCACAAUUUAAGUACAAUCGCAAAUCAUUUAAAUUCGAUGACUUUAAAAAAUUUGAAAUUUUUACACAAUGUUCUAAACAACAAUAUUGUAACAUUUAUAAUGCAAGAUUAAAAGCACUGAAAGAUCACAUUUUACAAAAAGUAAAAAUUAAAUGGGCGCAUUAUGAAAUAGUUUCGUUGUCACAACUUUGUGAAAGAAAUCAAAAUAAUACUUGUGUCAUAAUAGGUACUUUAUAUAAACAUCAAGAAUUAAGACCAUCAAUAUUAAAUGAACUUAGUGAAGAACUUCAAUUAAUACCUCAACCAGCUAGAAUAAAUUAUGCAUCAUUUAAAGAUAUAUUAUAUUUAGAAGAUGAAACAUUACGCAUUAAAUUGGUUGGGACUCAUAUAAAUAUUCAAGAUAUAGUUACUGGUAUAGUUUGCGCUGUAUGUGGUCAUGAACUGGAAACUGGUGCAUUUUUAGUAACAGAUUGGUGUUUUCCAGGAUGUUGCCCGAAAUUAUCAAUUCUUAAUUCUCAACUACUAGAAAAGCAAGGAAAAAUUUUGAUCAUUUCUGGUUUAGAUUUAGCAAAUAAUUUACAAUCAUUAAGUAUAAAUUUAUUAUUUGAAUGGAUUACUGGAAUGAUUGGCUGUGAAGAAGUUCAUAAAGAAGUAGCUUCUAUUGUGUGUAUUAUUAUAGCAGGUAUAUUUAAUAUAUUUAAUAUGAAUAGUAUAAGAGGAUCUAUAGAAACAUACAGUUAUAAAAACUAUUUUGAAACUAAAUUACAUAAUGAAACUAUAUUUAAAAAAACUGCAAAUGUAACACAUAAAUUGGAUAAUUUUCUUUAUCCUAUAGCACAGUGUUGCCCUAUAUUAUUAAUGCCUGGAGAAUUUGACCCAACUUGUCAUAGAUUACCUCAGCAACCAUUUCAUCCAUGUAUUUUACCAGAAUGUUCCAGGUUUAAAAGUUUUUAUGGAGUUACUAAUCCAUGGGUUGGUAGUAUAAACUCUCGCAUUAUAGCUGGAUCCAGUGGCCAACCUAUUAUGGAUAUAAUGAAAAUUGCUGGACUUGUUGACAUUUCACCUUUAAUAUGGUUAGAACGUACUUUACUCUGGUGUCAUUAUGCACCAACUGCACCAGAUGCUACUCCAACUUAUUCAUCUAGCAAAAUUGAUCCAUUUAUUAUAACAGAAUGUCCUGAUAUAUAUUUUGUUGGUAAUAUGGAUAAAUAUGAUACUAAAAUAUAUACUGCAGAAGAAGGACAAACAAUAAGAUUGAUUUCUAUUCCAAAAUUUUCCAAGACACAAACUGGUGUAUUAGUUGAUUUACAAGAUUUAAACACUUGGCCUAUAUCUUUUACUGUAAAUUAAUUUAAAAUAUUUUAUGAUUUUAAUAUAUUGAUAUUCAUCAAUAAUGUAAUAUAUAAUAAUAUAUCUAUCUAAGAAAAUAAUCAAUUUUCUUAAAUGAUUUCUGAAUAGUUUGUACAUAAAUAUAAUUUAUAAAAGUAAAUAUAAUUUAUUUUUUUGAAAUAUAAUCUAUUAGUUUAAACUUUUUUCAUAUUUUAUGUAAUACUUUUUUAAAAAUUAAAUUUUAUUUAAUAUUGUAAUUUUUCAUAAUAUUUAUUUACAUAUGGAAAUGAAAACGAAAAGAACAUAAAAAUAAACACAUAAG